AGCAAAAUAAGACAGAAGAGAGAAAACGGCGCUCAGAAAAAUCCCCGGAAAGGUGAUAAUUCAUGUAGACUUCUCAGAAUCAUCCGAGACGCAGGGGUUGCCUGGGUUUGGGGCCUCUUGUUGGGUAGCAGGUUGUUUGACACACAAGAUUAUGGGCACACAAGAUUAUGAAUAGUGAAGACAAUGAAGAGUGGGACAUUUAUCAAAGACUGACAACCCCUCAUAAGGUGACUAGUGCGACCUCAUGACGCUUCUGUAAAAGGCAGAUUCAGCUAGGAUGUUACACCAUCACUGUCGGAGGAACCCUGAACUACAGGAAGAAUUGCAGAUUCAGGCUGCAGUUGCUGCUGGCGAUGUUCACACCGUGCGCAAGAUGCUGGAGCAAGGAUAUUCUCCAAAUGGUCGCGAUGCCAAUGGCUGGACCUUGCUUCAUUUCUCUGCAGCAAGAGGGAAAGAGAGAUGUGUCCGUGUUUUUCUUGAACAUGGAGCUGAUCCCACAGUUAAGGACUUAAUUGGAGGCUUCACUGCUCUGCAUUAUGCAGCCAUGCAUGGCCGAGCGAGGAUUGCACGCUUGAUGUUGGAAUCUGAAUAUAGAAGUGACAUUAUUAAUGCAAAAAGCAACGAUGGUUGGACUCCCCUCCAUGUAGCAGCCCACUAUGGCAGAGACUCAUUUGUCAGGCUCCUGUUGGAGUUCAAGGCUGAGGUUGAUCCGCUCAGUGAUAAAGGUACCACACCGCUUCAGCUGGCCAUUAUCCGAGAGAGGUCAAGCUGUGUGAAAAUCCUCCUGGAUCACAAUGCCAACAUCGACAUUCAAAAUGGUUUCCUGUUACGAUACGCUGUGAUCAAAAGCAAUCACUCUUACUGCCGAAUGUUCCUUCAGAGAGGGGCGGACACAAACUUGGGUCGCUUGGAAGAUGGACAGACGCCCUUACACUUGUCUGCUCUUAGAGAUGAUGUGCUUUGUGCACAAAUGUUAUAUAAUUACGGAGCGGACACUAACACAAGGAACUAUGAAGGACAGACCCCACUGGCUGUUUCAAUAAGUAUUUCUGGAAGUAGCCGACCCUGUCUGGAUUUCUUACAAGAAGUGACAAGACAGCCCAGAAACUUGCAAGAUCUAUGCCGAAUUAAAAUCCGACAGUGUAUAGGCCUUCAAAACCUAAAACUACUUGAUGAACUACCCAUUGCCAAGGUCAUGAAAGACUACUUAAAACACAAAUUUGAUGAUAUCUGAUAUCCAUGAAGAGAAGAACUCUGAGCAAGAUUAGUUAUAUUCCAGAUACUGAAGAGGCUUGUUGCCUUGCACAAAGUAUAUCCUAUGCAAAUUCUGAUUUUUCUGUGAAGUCAGAAGGCAGGUAUACACUUCCUUGGGUUUUUUAUACCACACGCUAGAAGGUCUUAAUUUUUGGUUUCUUGGUCCAAGUUUACAAGGUCCAAGCUUUCUAUACAAUAUUACAUUUUAAAAGUUGCUGUUGAGUUUUCAUUUGUUUGUUUUCACAUUAAGUGUGCGGACUUGCGGUGGAGAUGGAAUGUAGCCUCUCAAGGGAAGUGAUUGGUUGGAAUUGGCAUGCUGAGCAAUUAUUCAACAAAGAGAUUGGAAAUCAAAGCACCAGUCCUGCAAAGGGAUACUGACAGAGGGACCUUCAGAGCCCUGUUGUCUGUUGGAGCUACCAGGGUGUGUGUUUUUGCAGGAUAGAGGGAAGAGCUGAUAAUCAAUGUGUCAUUGGGUACUGUAUGAAUCUAAUUUGGAAAUUAAAAAAGGGGAAGAAAAAAAAAAGGAAAAAAAUGCAGUCACCCUAUUCAAUUUGAGGGUCUAUACAUUGGCUCUUUUAUUUUAUUCUCUUCCUUAUUACUGUAGUUUGGAUGCCCAUAAAAUUCAGGCCCUCUUCUUUCCUGACAUUCCCUGUAAAACGGGCGGCUGUUUGUAAGUCUGUUUUUAGCAGUGGCAGUACACUACAAAGAGGCAUAGCCUUUGUAUUUUUUACAUUAACUUAAAAGUAAACAAAGUUAGAUUUUUUUUGAAGCCAAUGUAUUCUGUUUCUCAUACAGUGCCUCCUGUGCAAUAAUCUUUCUGAUGUAUUUUCCCUUUAUGUGUGAUUUUUUUUUUCCUCCCCCCCACUAUUCCUCAUUUAGUCUCAGUGCAUUAUUUGUGAGAAUAGGAACUGCUGCCUCACUGUAGUGUUGACGUGACACUACUAAAAUGAUGGUGGCAGUUGCUGUUCGUUAUUAAUCCCUGAAUUUCAUGAAUGUAUAACCUGCUUUAUUUCACUUUCAGUUGAAAUUUUAUCUACGGGUUCUCAGCCAAAUUGUGUCCAUUUAAAAAAGAAGAAAUUGGCCAAGCCCCUUUAAUUUUAAAGGCAGUGAUGGAUUUUGUUGUUAUUGCUCUGAAAUUCGGUUUGUUUCAGGUUAGAGAGCGGGAAGUGCACCUAAGCGUUAAGUUGCAUCUUAUAUGUGCACAAACAAGAAAACACCCCCUUCAUAUUGGAAACUUAAAUUUUGCAAGCAUCAAGUGGUUUCCUGUUAAUCUGAAAACAGCAACUGAAAGGAGUACUGCAAUUCGGCUACUGAAUGUGCUUUUCAUACUAGAUAUUGAAGAGAUCUGUUAAAGAGCUUUGUUUCUGACCAUAAAAAUGAAGUUCUUGCUAUCAAAAAAAAAAAAAAAAAGAUUGGGCCAAAAAUUGCAGUUGUUUCACUCUCUUUAUUUUCAAGGGAUUAUGGAGUCAUCAUAAGGUUCUUGCCAGUGUCUUCUACUUUUGUUUUGCCAUCCUACUGACUCCAGAAGGGCCUCUAAUACCAGGAGUGCUUUUAUACCAAUGGAAGCGGGAAGAUGGAAGGAACAAUGGUGGCUUUUAAUUUUAACACUGUCACUUUCAAAAUAUUUAGUAUUAAAAAUAUUUAAAAAAGCAAGAGAAGCAGGUAUACUCAUUUAACUAUGCUAGUUCCUUUUAAUAUCUUACAGCCCUGGGUUGCAGUUCCUUGAGCAUGAACGUUGUCACUGAUAAUGGCUGCACCCAGGACUAUGGCAAGCAGUUGUCUCCCUGUUGUGCCCAACCUUGCAUCAGGUUUCCUAGUGAAAAUAAGUGAUUUUGGAGAUUUAUGGCUCAGAGGAUUGGUGGUAGGAUGUUGAACCUUUUUAUCUCCAACUUGCAUCGGUUCAAGUCCAGCCUGCUCGAGCACUGACUAAAAGUAAAGGGAGCAGCAGGAGCACACGUGGCCACCUCUAGGCAGUAGAGCUUGAUGGUGCUCCUGCAGGUGACAUGAGAUGGUGGUGGCACUGUCACGGAGACAAACUGAGCGUGUGGCUGGGGUGUGCAGGUGAGCCUGGGUGCGUGAGGAGUCCUCCAGCUUUUCUCGAAGCAGGAAGGGUUGGCCCUUAGGAUCUUUAAGCUCUGAGACACGAUGGAAGUUAGGAACUGGCAGAUUUGAGGCACAAACCUUUGCUUUUGUGACAUGAGAUCAGAACCUUAAAACUGCUUUUUUUUCCUUUAAAUACUUAGCAUUGUUCACUACACUUGUAAGUUGGUCUAAACCAAUAUCCUUCCCGAUUGAAUUUUUACAGUAAUAUUUUCUAAGGUAAUCUAGAGUAUAUUUUAGUUGCGAUCUAUAUUAAGGCAAAUUAUUUGUUCUGUCUGUUGCUGUGACUGAAGAAAAUUAUGGAAGACUUUGUUGGUAACAAGAGUGCUAUUUAAUGAAGAAAUGUGUAAUUCCA